CAACAACUGAACAAACAUUUAACUGUAUCCCAUAUCCCUCAUCGCUCAGAAGCUUAAGAGUUAAACGAUUUGGUUCAGAUCUAUAACUAGUCUUUGAUUCUUUAUAUUUUCUGUUUCUUCCUUAUUAAACGUGAACUCUUAUCUUUCCGUUUGAUUAACUUAUUACUGCAGAAUAGCAUUUAUUGUCAUGGCUCUCACACCACAAGCCCUUCGUCUACUCUCCCGACAGAUUAUGGCCCUCAAGUCCGACCCUCCAGAGGGGGUAAGGAUAGCAGUCGGUGAAGAGGAUUUCACAGCUCUAGAAGGCUGGGUUCAAGGUCCUUCUGGCACGCCUUAUGAGGGAGGCUAUUUUCGCAUCCGCUUCGCUUUCGGUUCUGAGUUUCCGAACCUUCCACCAAAAUGUACCAUGGUGACUAAGAUCUUUCAUCCAAACAUCUCCAAAUCAGGCGAAAUUUGCGUCGAUACGUUGAAGAAAGGCUGGAAAAAAGAAUAUGGUGUAGGCCAUGUCCUCAUCACUAUCAAGUGUUUGUUGAUUUUUCCCAAUCCCGAAAGUGCUUUGGAUGAAGAAGCCGGUAAACAACUCUUAGAAGACUAUGAGGGCUACAGUAAAUAUGCCCGUCUAAUGACUAGCAUCCAUGCCAUUCCCAAAGUUGCGCCUCCUGAAUUUCGGGUUGCAAAAAUGUCAAGGUCGGACGAACAUAUGCCGACCGGGACAUCACCAAGUCCCAUGAACAAUUUAUUGCACAGACCUAUUCCACUUGGCAACAGUAGCUCGCAAGAACAGGGCCCCAUUCUUUCUCACCCGGGGCAGCAUGUGCAGGAUGCGAAGAACGACUUGAAGGCCUUUGGGAACUCCAGAGCCGCAUGUAGCGGCGGAAUCAAGACAGCACCUAUGAGCAAGGUUAAACGAGGUGCAAAGAGGUUGUAGAUAUAAAAAUAUUUUGCAAAGACAUAUAACGCAACCUAUCGAUAGCCCAUAAAUAAGUACCAUAUCGAUCUUGCUAGUCACAGAACGAAAAAUGGUUGUUGGAGCCUUUUUGUUCCUGGUCCGGAAAACAGCAUAGCCUACUACUUCAUUUCGUACCUCUUCGGUGACCAGCCGACGUCCGUCGAGGGGCUAGUGUUAAAAGCCUGGCUCUUUCACCUGUCUGAUCGAUACGCGAUUGAGUGAUCCAUAUUUUGAGUUGUUGCAUUCGCGACUUAACUUCGCUCACCAGUUUAUGAU